CCAAUUUCAAAUCUUCGGAGUGGCCAUGGCGCCGAAAGCUUCUGCCGCUGCCGCAGACAAGAAGGUCGACGACCGCAUCCAUAUCCAGUACGACAAGACUGCGUUUGAGCCGCAUUUGAAGCUCUACCAACAAGGAUUUGCUGAGUACUACCCGCAAUUCACCGUGACGGCGGAGGAAUAUCCUCCGUCGCCGCUCUGUUAUUGCCUCUCCAUGGGCAUCUUUGUCUUCCAGAUUGUCAUGACCGUCGUCUUCAUCUUUGGCACCAUGGCUGUAAAUCGCUUCAAAAUCGAUGUCCACCCCGACCACAUCAAGUACUUCGAAGAGCACAAAUUCAUGAUUGUCCCUGUCAUGCUCGUGUUGUCCCCGAUUCGGCAUUUGAUCUCCAAGACAAGUGCAUUCGAAGUCUACCUUAACGACGAGUUGGUGUCGUCCACGUUGACCUCCCGUUUCAUGCCCAACUUUGAGGGGUUCAAGCAAAUAUUAGACAAGAAGGGCAUCAAGAAGACGAUUGUUGCCAACUAGACGUCGCAUGGCCGUUGUUCCUCACACAUCUCGGCCGCAUUCAAACCCAUUGCUACGUAUUGGCUUUCUGUAUAAUGCCACACGUAGACUUCCGCCUUCCUCGCUUCUUCCAUGGCCUCAGUGUCGCGAUGCCGUCCUCUAUUCUCGGGUCCAUGGCAAAUAUUCUGCAGUGUUGGCAUAUAUUUCCAAACGAUGAAAAAAUGUCGAAAAAUUGAGGAAUCGUUCCAACCGAUUGUAACCGCCGCA